AGUACGCCGCCAUUUUCCUUGUUGUAGGUGCAUCAAAUGUCAUAAUAAUUUCAAUUUUUCUGAAAAUUAUAUUUUCUUUUGGCCUUUACGUUUCAUCCGUAUAUUAUUUUACAAUAAUUUAAAUGUAUUUCGAUGUGUUAAAGUUUUCUUGUGUAAAAUCAAACGCAACCGUUCAAUUUCUGUGGUUUUUCUAAGGUCGUCAUUUCAAGGAUCCUUCAUGUUCUUCAAAGAGGAUCAUCUUCGUAAAAGGUAGCGAGCCACACGCCCACGGCCGUUGUGAUACGCGAAUACAGAUUUGGGUUACGAGUGUUUGUUUUGUUUCGGGGAGGAAUGCGUAGGCGUUGUGAGGGUGUGUGGUGACGACGUUCGGGCGGUGUGUUGAUGGGACAAUGAGCGACUCGCCCGGAGUGGAGUGGCUGCCGGCCUACAGCCCCGGGCCGCCGCGCCACAGCCCGCUGGGGCCCAUCCCGCGCUUCCUGUACGAGGACGUGCAGCCGCUUGGCCUGCAGCAGGAGAACAACAACAAGGAGGGCGGCGAGAAGAACGCGAACAAAAUCAAGCAUGCCAAGCCCGCGUACAGCUACGCCAGUAUGAUCAGACUCGCUAUUAGCAGUUCCCCAAAUGGAAAGAUGACCCUCAAUGAGAUUUACAAUUACAUUUGCAAUGCCUUUCCUUACUACAAAGAAGCCGGCAAAGGCUGGAUGAACUCCAUUCGGCAUAACCUGAGCCUGAACAAAUGCUUCAUGAAGGUGGCCCGAAGCAAAGACGACCCCGGCAAAGGGUCUUACUGGGCCAUGGACACCAGCUAUAAGAUGGCGGAGGUCACGCCGCGGCGCCGCAGAAGUCUCAGGAUGGCGCCCUACAGUCCGGAAUGCAGCUCAAACAGCAGCGGGGAAGCGGGGGCGGUGCCGCCGGGCGCGGACGCGGCGCCCACGCCCCCCGCCACGCCCACAACGCCCACCGCGCCAACCACACCGACCACGCCCACCUCGCCCGCGCUGCGACAGGUCAAGGAGGAGCCGGUGGUCAAGCAGGAGGUGCAGGAUACAGUGAUUCCAGAAUCCAAGCACACAGACGACGCGUUGAGCGCGCUCAUGAACGAAGAGCUGAUGGCCGACGUGGACAUCACUAGAGAGAGACUAUGGUGCGAUGGCGGGCGACGUCACGUGUGCGGCGCACUACGUCACAGCGCUUUGACAGACGACUACGGCAACUUCGUAGCGCAGCGUAUCGACUGCGACUGCCCCGCGGAGCCGCCCGUGCCAGUAAACGCGCCCGCGCCCGCCGCCGCCGCCGCCUACCCCGCCUAUUGGCACGCCGACAUAUUAUAACACCGAUGUAGCGCCAUUUAGCGACCGCCCGGGAUAACCAAAUGAGGUCGCGCCGCAACAGCAGCGGCGUGGCUUGCGCGGGCGCAGCGACACGUGGGCAGCAGCUAGACGCUGCGGUAUGGGAACAUCUGUUACUCACGCUACCGGGUGCUCAGAAAAUUAUAUAUCCGCAGAGUAAAACACGGUUAUUCGCUAUUUUCCGGAGUUUCCGCUGAGCGUUCGGUCCCCCAGUUGGCCGGUUACCGGCUCCCCGUUAUGUAGUAAAAUAUCCGGACGUCAGGCCAGUAACUUGUACAGUAGGAUUCCGUACAAAGCGCACCCUUCAACUGAAGAUAUUUUAUCUAGACGCUUCUUUUGAAGUGAAUAUUGUUUGUCUCAGCUUGUUAUUAUUGUAAUAGCAUAAUUGAAUGUGGAUGCAAAUCACGGCUACACGGUGCGGUUAUCCGAAUAACGGUGGCUGCACCGACGCCCCUACACCAUGCUUUGCAACGCCACUUGUUGGUCAUGUUUUACUAUUUUAUUCUACUCGUACUUCGUUGCUUACUAUUUCAAUUUAAUUGUAUAUGAAUUGAAAUGAUAUUUACCUAGAGUAAAUUGCAAACAACUGUUAUCUAAGCUUUGAUAUAAAGUGUGUUAUCGGUUGGCUGACCGCAGUCGGCCGCGGGAAGGCGACGUUUCGUUCCGAGCGAGAAGCAUCGGUCGAACGGAAUUCGACACUAUUUACUAAGAUAUACUUAUUUGAUAUGCAUAUAAUGAAGAAUAUAAUAUCUCUACAUCACGAUAGUUUUGUAAACAAUAAUAAGACUAAUGUGAGAUUGUAACAUUUUUUCUGUGAAAAAAUAUGCCACGAAAAAAAUGAUAUAUCAAAAAAUCGGUAACAUAUCUGCCAACUAAAAUAAUUAUAUAGAAUAGAUGUAGUUACCUUUACAUAGAGUAACGAUAACUUGUUAAUAUAAAGAAUACGAUGGACCACAGCGUGGGCGUAGAUUGUGUUGAGACACAGCGCGGAGUCUCCUAGACUAUGCCAUUGCUCGCCGUCAGCCAGGAAUGGCAUACUUUAACGACGAGUAACAUAAGAAAAUGUUGAAACAGUAUUGGAGCCAGAACGGUGACGAACAGAUCUCAGAAUGACCAGUAUAUUGUAAUAAAGAAUAUUAUUAGUGUGCUAAAUGAUUUUAUAAUUUAGCUGUGCAUAUACACGAUUAGUAUUCAGUUUGUAUUUAGUUAAAAUAAAGUAAUACGGUUAUAUAAAAUAUGAAUUAGUUGGUACGAAUUUAUAAUUUACAAUAAAUAUUAUUAUGUAUAUUGAAUAUUGAAGUCGCACCUAUAUACGUAAAGUAUUGCUUUUAGAGAUUAGAGUACUAAAAUUUGGCCUAUUGAAUAAAUAUUUAGGUUCCGCUUGCCUACAUUUGCAACUUUAGUUCGAGGUGCAAAUUAUAUUGUUUAUUUACAUUUGUGCCAUAGAGGAGCGGACAGAUAAGGAUUGAGAUGGACAGGUAGGAAUUAAAAUUUGUCCCAUAUCUUAUUAAAAAUGUGUUCAGAAAUUUUUAGAAGUUGUACCUACAUACAUUAUUGAUAGUUGUAUGUACAUAGCGUUAUUUUAAUAUAACUGGUUUCUUAAGGUGUCUGCGGUGUAUGUAAUUUUUUUAACGAUUUUUGAUGUGUAUGUUUAUAUGAUGUUGUUAUAAAGGUCAUGUAUAAUAUCGUUUUGAUACUCGACAUACAAAGAUUGUCUUGAACUGGAGAGAUCUCUUAUUCAAUUAAUUAAUCUCGCCCAGUCUGUGGCGCGAGAUGUCCCGUAUUUAUUGUAACAACGCUAUUUGAAUGGACAAACGAGAUUCAUAUUUAAAUCGUCAAUCAUUUGACAAUGAAUCCACCGUCUUACAUAACCGUGAAUCGACACGGUGCGAUUUCUGUCAAAUCGAUUGAAUUAUUGUUACACUUGCCUACAACAACAGAUCAGUUUGGAUAACGAUAUGUUAUCAAGAUAAUGGUACUUAAGUUUCUACAGAGUACAAAAUUAUACAUUUAUUAGCGUGUUAACCCCAGAUUAAUUUUAACGUGCAUAGUUUACAAACAAAGCACCAACCGUUACCCGUCAAUGAGAGUAUUGUAUAGAAAAUCUGUUUAAUUUGACAUUAAAAUAUUGACGGCAACUCGAAACUCGUCCCUAUGACUAUUAUAUUAAGAGAUAUUUGUUAGUAUAUAUUAUGUAAAAGGAUAGAUUUCAUUAUACUGUUCGUAUUGGUUAAAUCACAUUCCUUUGAUUAGAUGAAAUCGAGAUAUAUUUUAAGUUCUUAACAUAUUUUUAUACAAAAAUAAUAUAGAAUUGAAUUCAGUAUUUAUACUUAUAUUAUUUUAGUUUGAAUAUGUAAUCUAAUCGAUUGACAUAAUAAUAAUAAUAAAUAACCGAUAUUAUUGUUUUGUAACGUGGUGCAUAAUAAGUUGCCAUCUUUUAUUGUUUGGUAGUAUUUAUUUUUUCUGUGAUAAAUCUUUUACUUUAUAUUAAAACGUGCAUAAAAUCAGAUCGUAUAAGUACUGCAAUUGCGCCUCGGGUGUUUCGUCUUGUAUCUUUCAAUACUUUUUUUUGUAACAAUUUUACCCUUAACUCUGAUGUGGCUGUUAGCUAAAUUGUAUCGAACAUAUACCCACACUUGUCCACUAGUAGCUGUAUAAUUUUGUUUAUGGUUCAAACCUACCACUCGCUGCCAACACAAUACAAAAU